AUGGAGCAUCUCCCAAAGCACCAUGAGCAUGAUGAUGUACCCGGAACUAUCCUCCUCGUUGGUACAGCGCAUGACAGUAAUAUAUCUGCUCAGCAGGAAGGAAUAAUUCUAGAACCACAACCCAGCACAGAUCCAAAUGAUCCCCUCAACCGAUCACAACAGUGGAAACAUCUCAACAUCACCAUGGUAUGUUUAUACACAUUUGCCAUUGGAAUAUGCACAGCUGCGCAGUUCUCCAUCAUGACACAAAUAUCCGAAUCGCAAAAAGUCAGUAUUGCAGAUCUCAAUUUGGGCACUGGAUUGAUGCAGUUGAUGCAAGGAUGGGCAAAUCUCUUAUGGCAACCUAUCGCCAUGACCUAUGGCCGCAGGUUAGUCUACCUUGUGACCAUUGUAUGCUCUAUAGGACCAGUUUUGUGGGUUCCGCUGGCUCAUGGCGCCAGCCAAUGGUAUGCGCACCGAAUUCUUCUGGGACUAUUUUGUUCGUCUAUGGAGUCUCUACCGGAACUGUCUGUCCAGGAUCUCUUCUUCGCUCAUGAACGAGGAAAUUAUAUGGCCCUAUAUACUUUUGUCUUGUUCGGAUCAAACUUUAUUGCGCCCUUUCUCGCGGGGUUCAUAGCGGAUGGCCUGAGCUGGAAAUGGGUUAUGUACCUUGCUACAAUAUUCCUGGGCAUCUGCUCACUGAUCCUAUUCAUGUUCAUGGAGGACACAAUCUAUUUUCGAAAAACAAGCGACAGCGCGGCCCAGCAAUAUGAAAUUGUUCCCGCGGAUGACAAUGGAGAUCCAGGGAUCAUCGCUGCCGAGCGACUCGAGACUGAAACAGCUACCUGGGGCCAGACUAGGAUGUCCACAAACUCGAAACCUCGCUGGCGGAGACUAGCGUUGGCUACCAUAUUACGAGGUCGUCCAACUCACAAGCAAAUGGCAUUGAAGAGCUGGCAGUCGUUAAAAAUACCUUUCCUCUUCCCUAAUAUUCUCUGGGCCGGUCUCUUAUACGGAUCAAACCUAGCCCUUUACAGCGUGAUUAAUGCAACAAUUUCGAGUAUCCUGGGAUCCAGUCCUUACAAUUUUCCUCCAACGUUGGUUGGUGUUGCUUAUCUAUCCCCGUUUGUCUUCGGCGGCGCUGCAUCCGUUUGGGCGGGAAAGAUUUCAGAUUCUCUCGCCAUCAAACUUGCAAGGCGCAAUGGAGGUGUCCGGGAACCAGAGCAUAGGCUGUGGGGCCUUCUGGUGUCUGCUCCUAUUGCUGCAGGGGGGCUGCUCAUGUGGGGGGUUGGGGCCAGUCAAGGGGCACACUACAUGGUUUUGAUCAUCGGAAUUGGUAUCACCACCUUUGGAGUCGUCUGUGCAAGUGCAAUAUCAUUAGCGUACGCUGUCGAUUGUUUCAAAGAAAUGGCCGGUGAAUCCUUUGUUUCCAUCAAUAUCAUUCGGAAUACAAUAGGGUUCGGCUUCAGCUACGCUAUAACACCGUGGAUUGAAGCAGUGGGCCUUCGAAACUGCUUUAUCUCAGUGUCAUUGAUCUCGUUCUUUUGUACAUAUACAUUUAUUGGUGUGGUUCUCUGGGGGAAAUCAUGGAGAAGGAUGUCUGCAGAGCGAUAUUGGGAAUUUGUUGCUACCGAGGGAGAUAGGGCCUACGCAUAUUAG